AUGGAAGCAGACUCGGAAUGUCAAAGUUGGGAUGAACAAAUACCAGAGGCUCUAGGACUAAUCCUUAGCAGAGUGUCUCUACAAGAUGGAGCGAGUGAACAUCAUUUCUGUCACGAGAUAGACCUUAUGAAAUGGAGCAACUGUCCCCAGCAGCCCGACCAACUAGAUCCAAUUGUCCAGAUGCUCGUCACCAGAAGCUCUGGUUCCAUCAGCACCCUCUGUGUUUCUGGUCUCCAAUCUGACUCCAUCUUCACUUUAAUUGCACAAAAUGCGAGCUGUCUCCGAACCCUGAGAAUUCCCAAGAGCAGCUUGAGUGAUUUCAUGAUGGAACAGCUUGCAGGAAGGCUUCCGAUGAUUUCUUUCUUAGAUGUGAGCUACUGUAUGAACUUAGGUGCCCAUGGACUUGAGGUGCUUGGAAAGAAUUGCACCCUUCUGGAAGGGUUGUGCAGGAACAUGCGUCCAUGGCACACUGGAGAUCAUGAUGAUCCUUCACGAGAUGAUGAAGCAAUGGCGAUUGCUUCCACAAUGCCUAAACUCAAGCAUCUUGAAAUUGCUAGCCAUUGGAUGACCGCAGAGGGUGUUCAUAAGAUACUCUGUGCUUGUCCCAAGCUUGAGUAUUUUGAUAUGUGGGGGUGUGAGAAUGUAGAAGCUGGAAAAUUGGGUCUGCACAAGUUUCCAAAACUCACGGUAUGGGGGCCGCGUGCUUACAACUGUUUUGAUGGAGUAGACAAUCCAUCAGAGGAAAUGGAUAUAGAAUAAGCAUGGUGUAAUUUACAUCAGAGGAAAUGGAAA